AAGAGUUCAGCGUGACAGCUUUCAGCCUGAUGGAUGAUGAUGCUGCCGCUACCUGAUGCAAGUUGUGGAUAAGAGGACUGCACAGGCGACAACGAUCGAGCCACACUUUAAAGCAGCUCAGCAGGAGAGUAAGAGACGAUUGUAAUGUUUUUAUGCAACUCAAACCGGAUUUUUCGUGUAUAACUAUGCGUAAUUUUGAGAACCUUUGGGAGUUUGUGCGUAAAAGUUUGCGCGUCUCCCCGGCACGCCGCACUCGCUCUCCGCACCAUCCUCAUCUUCACCUUCACCGGAUCUAGAGCUGAGCAGAAGCAGUUCAGCCGUCUAAACAGCCUGAAAACAUGGCUGUGCUGCUCCGUCCCGCCCGGAGGAGCUCCGGUCUGCUCCUGGCGGCGUUUCUGUGCGUUUUGUUUCUCGCUUUCGUCUCUGCCUCUUCCGCGAGUCGUGAUGUUGUUUCAGGAAACAACGAGACGAGGAGAAAUCCAGCCGGAGGAGUGACAGAGGAGGACUCCCAUCACCAAACUAACACCACCACUCACAAGAAGAAGGCUUUCCCCGUCCUCUCCUUCAAAUACGAGCACGUCAGGAAGCCCUUCGAGAUCUCUCUGUGGAUCCUCCUGGCUAUGCUCAUGAAACUUGGUUUCCACAUUAUCCCCCGAGUGUCAAACGUCGUGCCGGAGAGUUGUCUGCUGAUCUUUGUCGGUCUGCUUGUGGGCGGCAUCAUCAAAGCCAUCGGAGAAGAAGCCCCCAUCCUCGACGACAAGCUCUUCUUCCUCUACCUGCUGCCUCCCAUCAUCCUCGAUGCCGGCUACUUCCUGCCCAUCCGAGCCUUCACGGAGAACCUGGGCACCAUCCUGGUGUUCGCCGUCAUCGGGACCCUGUGGAACGCCUUCUUCAUCGGCGGGAUGAUGUACGCCGUGUGUCAGAUCGAAGGAGCCGGGCUGGGCGGCGUGGACCUGCUCUCCUGUCUGCUGUUCGGCUCCAUCAUCUCGGCCGUGGAUCCUGUGGCCGUGCUGGCCGUGUUCGAGGAGAUCCACAUCAACGAGCUGCUGCACAUCCUCGUGUUCGGAGAGUCGCUGCUCAACGACGCCGUCACCGUG